CGGAACACCAGAAACGCAGCUUGUUUCUAGGGGGACUCAUAAUAGAGUUGUACACAAUGUGGUCCAUCAGGUAACAGUCAGACGUGUUUUUAAGAGUCAAGGCGGUGGUCGAGUGGCAGAAACUUGGACUAUUGGCAGAGAAGGUCUCUGGUUCGUCUCCGGUUCGACUCCACGGAGAGACAACAAAAGACGAACCUGGAUUGAUCUGUUCAAAAAUCCAAGAGUCUCCCUACCCUGUCUAGUGCCCCUGAGCAAGGCACCUCACUCCCCCAACAUCUGCUCCCCGAGCGCCGUACAUGGUCGCUCACUGCUCUGUGUGUCCUGCACCAGAUGGGGAUGUGUGAAGCAGAAAAGAAGGACCUGUAUGCUGUCCUGGGAGCCAGCCCCUCAGACUCAGUCCAGCAGCUCAGACACAGAUACCAGCAGCUGGCCUUACAGUACCACCCAGACCGUCUUAGGGGUGAGUGUUCUUCAGAAGCUGAGUCUGGUGUUAAGAAGUUUCUGGAAGUUGAUGCAGCCUGGAGGAUCCUCAGCGACGAGGCCACCAGGAGACGUUAUGACCUGCAGAGGAGAGCCCAGCUAUUGAAACAGGAUUGGCCUGUAGACUCUACAGUCCAUCUGGAGGACAUGACCUGGGACCAGGAUGAGAGUGCGUAUACAUACUGCUGUCGCUGUGGAGGAGCAUUCAGCGUGUCAGAGGAGGAGGUGGAGGAGGAGACGCAGAAGAGGCAGCAGGAUGAGGACGUGGAGGAAACGGGAGAGGGACGGCACAGAGGAGUGGUUGUCUGCUGUGAUACAUGUUCCCUCAGUUUGUACGUCACAUGGUCAUUACAUAGAAUGACUCCAACGUCAAAGAGACAAAAAUAAGUGAACUGUGUAACUUUUCAACAUCUCAGAUUUCAUGUUCUUCACUGACAACGGGGCACCAAUAAAACAGUGUACUGAAAACAAA